AUGCCUGUCCUGCUUCUCGAUAAAAUUCUUCCAUCAAAGUUCUUUUUCAUCAUCCCGCUUUAUGUUGGCACGGAGCUCAUUCUCUCUAUUGCCAUUUUAAAUAAGGCCGGCGGAGCCUACGGUGUGUUGUCCAUUUUGACUGGCCACCACUUGAACUUUUGGCAAUGGCUAUAUAACUUGUUGGCAUUCCUUACGCUUCCAUUCUACAUUUCGGCACUUUUCAACUUGCUGAACCGAGGAACUAAUGUAAGAAAAACAUGCUUGGCCUGUGUGAUCUAUCUCUUGGAUACCUUGGUGGGUUUCUUGUAUACGGUGUAUUUUGUCUAUUUCUGGUUCAGUAGAGAGGAUAGCGCUCCCGGAUCUUACGGAGGAAACGAAAAGGCUCUAGGGGAGGGAAAAAUCGGUGUUGAUGACGUUGUCAAGAGAGCAGUAGAGGCUCUGUCACAGUCUGCAUCUCCAUCGAGAGAAUUGUUCUUGACUGUUAGUGGAACCAUUAUCACCAGUAUCUUAAGGCUCUACUUCUGUCUUGUAUUUCUUUCAUUCACCAAGCAGCUCUUGAAGCAGGCUCAGAUUAAUCAGAGAAAUCAUGGCACAGACUCUGUUGGAGAAGAAGUGAUUCAUCCAACGAGCUUCUUGGGCAAAGUCAAGAAAUUCGUUUAUGACUUGGAAAUGAGAGCAAAGCUCUAUUUCACUGAUGCAUUUGCUUAA